AUGCAACACGGCAUCAAACGUACGAUUCUUUCCAAAGAGGCAAGACAGGACAAGUAUGAACGAGACGCUAUAAAGAUCUCCACGUACCGUAAUUUAACGGCUACAAUAUUCCAGAGAAGAGCAGAGCUGGACUUUUCCACAGAAGCAUUAGAAUUGGCCACCAAUUUACUUAAUUUGAACCCGGAAUUCUACUCGGUAUGGAACUACCGGAGAGAAAUCCUCUUGGAUUUGAUAAAGAAGGAGCCGGGAUCCAAGAAGACCCGUUUGGAGUACGAUUUGAAGAUGAUUAUGGCGUUUUUGAGGAGGUACCCGAAAUGCUACUGGAUCUGGAACCAUCGUGUGUGGUGCCUUCAGGAGCUAGCUACUUCUAACGAGGCCAACUGGGCGUUUGAGUUGGGCAUAGUGUCGAAGUUGUUGGAAAUGGAUGCCAGGAACUACCAUGGUUGGCAGUACAGAAGAUUCGUGGUGGAAUCCAUGGAGGAUAGCAAAAAGCACAAUGCCAGCAAUAGCGACGAAUAUGCCACUGAAUUAUUGGAGAUAACCUUCAAAGAAUAUCAGUACACUACCGCCAAGAUAAACAACAAUAUAUCCAAUUUCUCUGCGUGGCACAAUAGAUCUAAAGUCAUUCCGAAGUUGUACAGGCUAUGGAAACUGCACGGGCAAAACUCUGACCAGUAUAGGGAACUCGUGACCACUUUCCAAUCACCUUACUCGAUCUUGAUUCACGAAUUGGAACUAAUCAAAACAGGAAUGUACAUGGAUGCGGACGAUACUUCAAUCUGGUUGUACUUGCAGUGGUUGCUCACUGACCAGUUGUUUGUGGAUGAUUUGAAUAAGCGUGAGGAUGGAAGUGACGGGAAGAAAUCAUUUAGAUCCAUUUUAGAUGAGGAAUUGGACAUCAUUGAAGAAUUGAACGAAUUGGAGAAAGACGAUCACCCGGAAAACAAGGACCAUGUUUGGUGCUUAAAGAGUAUAAUUGUGAUCAAAAAGUUAAUAGCCAAGGAAUUAGUGGACAAAGAGCAAAAGUAUAGGGUGGAGCUGGAAAUUAAAGAAGCCUUUGAGAAAUUGAUUGAACUCGAUCUGCUCAGAAAAGGGAGGUAUAUUGAUCAGUUGAAGGAGUUCAGAGAGGAGGUAACGACUGUGUGA